GGAUUGUGCGCCUAUCUGAUGAAUAACAAUAUUGCUGUUCUAUUCUGAAAUCUUGAGUGAUUUUUUACAGAAGUUUUCUCGUUACUUUUCCAUAUGUUAAGAUGUUGAAAGUUUCUUCAAAGGAUAUGGAGAUUAUGGAAACUGAUUCUCUCAUCAAAAGAAGAACUAGUCAUAAUGUGAAAAUGUCAAGCACUGAACAAACCAUUUAUCAGUCUGUAAAUGGCCCUGAAGGGCCACUUAAGACCUCAGAUAGUCUUGAGAAUACAGAAUCAACAAAAAAACGUCCUAGGUAUGUUAGCAGUGAUGAUGAAAUGAUUGACAUAACAGGAACAGGGACUACUUCAGAAGCAAAUCUGUCCCAAUCACAUGCAGGGUCAGAAAUGGAUGAACUUCCACCUGGAAUUGGCCAAUAUGAUGACUUUCACACCAUCGACUGGCAGCGAGACAUAGCUCGGGACCGAAUGAGGCAUCGGUACAUAAUCAAGAAACGAACAGAAGGUAUAUGGGAUUUCGUCAGAGGUAUUCAUGAUGCCUGGUCUGGUUGGUUGUGUGUUUUACUUGUUGGUGUUGCAGCAGGGGCAGUUGCUGGUGUUAUAGACAUUGGAACACAGUGGAUGAAAGACCUGAAAGAAGGAGUCUGCCCACAAGCUUUCUGGCUCAACCAAGAACAAUGUUGCUGGUCUUCAAAUGAUACCUUUAAUGAAGGUGACCACUGUGCUCAGUGGUAUACCUGGGCAGAACUUUUUGGACAUUUUAGAGACGAUGCGUGGGCCUUCAUAAUUUCUUAUAUUCUGUAUGUGAUGUGGAGCCUUGUGUUUGCUGGUCUAGCUGUAUUACUUGUUAGAACCUUUGCACCAUAUGCUUGUGGUUCAGGUAUUCCUGAGAUAAAAACUAUCCUUAGUGGAUUCAUCAUUCGUGGCUAUUUAGGUAAAUGGACACUGGUCAUUAAAUCUAUUGGAAUGAUAUUGGCUGUAUCAUCAGGACUUAGUCUUGGAAAAGAAGGUCCACUUGUACAUGUGUCCUGCUGUAUAGGAAAUAUUUUUUCCUAUCUUUUUCCUAAAUAUGGAAAGAAUGAAGCCAAAAAGAGAGAAAUAUUGUCAGCUGCAUCUGCUGCAGGGGUCUCAGUGGCUUUUGGUGCUCCUAUUGGUGGAGUUUUAUUUAGUCUUGAAGAGGUUAGCUACUAUUUCCCUCUGAAAACUCUGUGGCGAUCUUUUUUUUGUGCUCUGGUGGCAGCUUUUAUUCUUCGCUCCAUCAACCCAUUUGGCAAUGACCAUUUGGUAAUGUUUUAUAUGGAGUAUUCUAGAAACUGGAUUUUUGUGGAACUGAUUCCUUUUAUCAUACUCGGAAUUUUAGGGGGGCUUAUAGGAACAAUAUUUAUAAAAGGAAACAUUAUGUGGUGCAACUACAGAAAACAAUCACUAUUGGGAAAGUAUCCAAUCACAGAGGUACUGGUUAUCUCCUUGAUUACAGCUAUUAUCAGUUUUCCAAAUAUUUAUACUCGCAUGAACAGUAGUGACCUCAUUAAGUUAUUAUUUAGUCAGUGUGGUGUGGCUGACAUAUCCCCUUUGUGUGAUUACAACAGGAACUUUACAAAUGUAAACAGCAGGAUAGAGAUAGCUGAGGCUGGAGCUGGUGUGCACAGGUCUCUUGGAUUAUUAACAUUAGCCUUAAUCUUCAAAUUGUGUAUCACAAUUUUCACAUUUGGGAUCAAGGUUCCUACUGGUUUGUUUAUUCCAAGUUUGGUCAUGGGUGCCAUAAUGGGUCGAAUGAUAGGAAUUGGUAUGGAACAACUAGCAUACCAUUACCCUUAUCUUUGGGUAUUUCAAGGAGCAUGCUCCACUGGUGAGAAUUGCUUGUCUCCUGGCCUAUAUGCCAUGGUAGGUGCUGCAGCUUGUCUCGGAGGAGUCACAAGAAUGACAGUAUCGCUAGUGGUAAUCAUGUUUGAGUUGACUGGAAGUGUGAAGUAUAUUGUGCCACUUAUGGCAGCUGUCAUGGCAAGCAAGUGGGUGGGAGAUGCUUUUGGAAGAAGAGGAAUUUAUGAUGCCCACAUUAAUUUGAAUGGUUAUCCCUACAUGGAUAGCAAGGAGGAGUAUAUAUAUACAGCAUUAGCUGCAGACAUAAUGACACCCAGGAGAAACGAAAGUCCAUUAUGUGUAAUUACACAAGAGACCAUGACUGUUGAUGAUAUUGAAAACAUCCUGAAGUCCACUGAUCACAAUGGGUUUCCUGUUAUUGUUUCUCAAGAAUCUCAGUAUCUGGUGGGUUUUGUAUUAAGGAAGGACCUAACAUUAGCUUUGGCUAAUGCCAAGAAGACACAAGAAGGAGUAGUAGGGGAGAGCCAUAUACUGUUCACUGCUCACUCAUCUCAGUCUUCGUUAGGACCUCCAGCUGUUAAGCUUAGAAAAAUCUUGGAUAUGGCUCCAAUAACCAUCACUGACCAAACUCCUGUGGAAACGGUCAUUGACAUGUUCUGUAAGUUGGGAUUAAGACAAGUAUUAGUCAUUCACAAUGGGCGACUACUUGGAAUUAUUACAAAAAAAGAUGUUCUGCGACACAUCAAACAGUUAGGCAAUGAAGAUCCUGAAUCUGUGUUAUUUAACUAAUUAUAUAUACAUAUUUAUUUAUAUAUUGUUUUAAUAGGCAUGUUACUCAUUAAUCCUAUAAUGGUUGAUGAUUUGUAUAUGUGCAUUCUGUGACUGAUCCAUUUCCUGCAAUAUAGUGUGGUUGGUAAUAGUCUCCUCCUUUGUGAACUAGAAAGCUUGUCCACUGGGUGUGACAUCUGCUGUAGAUGUUUCAUAAAUUUUUUAAAUGUACCUCGUCUGUUUAAUACUGUGUUGUUACUUGUGGAGAGUUAUGGCUGGAACCUUGCUCAUUAAGAUGGACAUAAUAUUUAAAGUUAUGUGCAAAUGGGUUGAAUAAAGUUAUUUCACACUUUA